AUGUAUAGAAACGAUGGUGUGGCCCCUCCUUCUCAUUGGAUGAACGCCGUCAUCUCUAUCUCCGCAUUAUCACCGGAAACUGGAGCUACCUCGAUUGCCCCCGGUCCAAUCCAGGCGUAUCAGGAUUUGAUAAAGAUUUUUCGAACAAAGCUACCUGUCGUCGAAGAGCGACAGGGUGAUCUGUACAUUCGUGGCGGGAUAGAACAGAUUAACACUCUGGCACGCGAGGAUCUAGCAUUGCUUUCCAAAGUCUUGACAUACGAGCCGUGCCUCCCUAAUGAUGAGGCUAAUAACAUUGGAGAUGAUAUUUCACACUUUGCACACGUUUGA